AUGACUGGUCUGUGGGUGACUGAGGCUAUACCCAUUUACAUAACUGCUCUGGUUCCAUUGGUUUUUGGACCCUUGCUUGGGAUUGCACCAGCGUCAGUCAUUUCACCAUCAUACAUGAAGGAUACAAAUGUACUUUUCUUUGGUGGCUUGAUGGUAGCUUGUGCAAUGGAAAACAAUUAUAUCCAUAAACGAAUUGCUAUCUCCGUUCUCAAACUAGUUGGAAGUGACCCAAAAAUGCUCAUGCUGGGAUUUAUGCUACCAAGUUGGUUUCUGUCAAUGUGGAUGAGUAAUACUGCCACUACAGCCAUGAUGAUCACAAUUGUGGACUCACUGCUCUCUGACUUUCUCAAAAUGGAGGACGAAGAAGAUGAGGACAGUAGUAGUGGCGAUGCACCUGCAUUAGAUUCUCAGAAAAUUUUCGACAGAAAUGGACGUCAAUUUCAAGCAACAGUUAUUCAGUUAGAAUACAACGAACAAGAAGAAAGAGUGACUUCGAAAAAAACCGACUGA